AUGAGUGAGAGUACGUUGACAAAUAAAGAGCGCCGUAUGGCGCGCAAGGCAGAACGCCAGCAGAAAAAAGAGGCAGAGCAUAGCAACGAGGCUUUGGCGCCGUCCAAGCGACGGAAAGAGCGCGACUUUGAUGAAGCAGCGGAAGAGCCUCAAUACGAUGAGGCGCCUGCCGACGAGGUGCCAGACGAGGACGUGGAGCCGCUCUCGCACAAGGAGCAGCGCAAGCGUCGAAAAAUGGAGAAAAUGGCCGAGAAAUAUGGGACUAUGCACAAGGAAGCCGCUGCUCCGGCACGUCCUGAGCGUAGCCCCUACAGCGUGUGGAUCGGUAACUUGUCUUUCACCACAAGUGAAGAUGACCUGCGUCAGUGGCUCUCCGAUCAUGCUAUCGAGGGCGUGAGUCGUGUCCAUAUGACACCUGGUGCUCGGCGUACAGACCAUAACAAAGGCUUCGCGUACGUGGACUUGCCGUCGGACGACAUGGUGCAGCAGUGUGUGGCGCUUUCCGAGACGUCGUUAGGCGGGCGUCGUCUUCUCAUCAAAAGUGGCACCGAUUUCCGCGGUAGACCUGGGCUGGAUGCCUCUGUGAUGGAUCUCGGGAGCACUACAUCCGGUGGCCGCACAGGUCUAACGAAAACGGCCCAGAGGAUCUUGCGCUCCCAAAAAAACGCGCCAGCGCCUACGUUGUUUAUGGGCAACUUGAGUUUUGAGACAAAGGAAGAUGAUAUUCGCGACUUGCUGGAGACAUCAGCAAGGCGCCAUUAUGUCGAUGAAACCCCUGAGGGCGAGGCACCUGCGCCACCCUCGGCGGGCAUUCGUAAAAUUCGCAUGGGCACCUUUGAAGAUACCGGGAAAUGCAAAGGUUUUGCGUUUGUUGACUUUGAUUCGGCUCACCAUGCUACCAAGGCUCUGAUUGAACCGCGCAAUGGUCGGCUUCUCGGCCGCACGCUCCAGAUCGAGUAUGCUGGCCUUGACGCUGUGCGCCGUGGCGCAUCUAAAGACUUGUUACCAGACUAUGUGCCUACACGUCGUCGACGCCGUCCUGCUUCCUCUACCAAUACAGAGCCCCUGGGCCAGGCCGCUUCUGUGCGUGAGGACGAAGGGGAGACCGACACGGCGCCGGCCGCCUCCGUGGCGGCCCCGGCGACGCCAGCGCCGCGCCGCCGAGGCUCUGCAACUCCACGACGGAUUCGCCCCGGUGCUGCGAACGCCGCUGCGCCGCGGCAGGCGUACGGGAUUGUACCGUCGGAGGGCAAGCGUACUACCUUUGCUGAGUAA